AGAUACCAAUGUGGUUGGGGAUUAGUCAUCCAAAUUUAGUUGUACUUAUCCUUCGAUCCAAUCACUUCUAUGGAUCCAUCCCGACACAUCUCUGUCAUCUACAACAUCUUCAAAUUUUAGACCUUGUUUUAAACCAAAUCUCAGGAAGUAUUCCAAAAUGUGUCAACAAUCUUACUGCUUUAACUCAAAAAGGGAGUCCAAAUGCCACCAUCACCCAUUAUCAUACAACAUGGGUCAGCAACAGCUCCCUGUUUUUUAUGUCGUAUGAUGAUCGUAUGUUUUUUAUGUGGAAAGGAAAAGAGCAUGAGUAUAAAAAUACUCUUGGAUUUUUAAAAGGCGUAGAUCUCUCAAGCAAUAAUUUAACUAGGUGGAUUCCAGGAGAAAUUGUGGAACUUGUUGAAUUGGUUUCCUUAAAUCUCUCAAGAAACUGUUUAACUGGACAAAUCACUUCAGAUAUUGUUAUGUUACAAUCAUUAGAGGCCUUGGAUCUAUCUAAGAACCAUCUUUCCGGCGGAAUUCCUUCAAGCCUUUCUCAUAUUGAUCGUCUAAGUGUCUUGGACUUGUCAAACAACAAUGUGUCCGGAAAAAUUCCGACAAGCCCUCAUCUUGAUACCUUUAUUGCAUCCUCAUAUGAGGGGAAUCCAAAUCUUUGCAGAGCCCCGCUUCCAAAGAAAUGUUCGGGGGAAGAAAUAGCUCAAAAUCCAGCUAUGAACGGGAGCAGAGAACAUGCUGGCAUGCAAGAUGAGAGAGAAGGGUUUAUAUCCAUAGGAUUUUAUGUUAGUGUGGCCCUUGGAUUUAUCGCUGGUUUCUGGGGAGUUGUUGGCACAUUAGUACUGAAUGUGUCACUGCGAGUCGCAUAUUUCAGGUUCUUGAACAAUUUCAAAGAUAGGCUAUAUGUGGCAAUAUCAGAGAAUAUGGCCAGAGUUCCAAGGCAGCUUCAAAACUACCUGGAGAUAUCACAACUGCCGAGCCAUGAGGAUGGAGAAUUGGAGUAAAGGAUGAAACACUGCAAUAGAUUGGAUCAGAUUGAAUUUCAGUGCAGCAGCAGACGGGGAUAAAUAAGUGGCAAUGUAUUAGGAGUAAAAGAUCAGACUGUAUUAUCUUUCAAUUUGAAUUUAAUUGUAACUGAUGGUCAGUCUUACUUUUGUACUUUGAAUGGAAGAGGAAAUG